CCCAGGCAAUGUUAAGACCCGAAAACAGAGCCCAAGAAAUGGAGUUGGAGUUUGCCGAAUUGAAAACGAGUUGGUGAUUAGCGAACUUCCCGGUGAGCAAAAAGCAAAAAGAUAAAACUACCAUUAACAAAGAAAGCAUUAACCAAAAAUAAGAGAAAACAGGAACAAAAUACUACAACCAACACAAGGACGUGCAUUCCCUCUCAAGCAAAAUCUAUCGAAAUGUCGACUCCGGUGGAACAUGCAAAUGAGGGGAUUGAAGCAGUUCCCCAGUCAACAACUGCAACACCAAACUCCAGAACCAAUGUUUCAGAUAUAAAAACAGUCAAAGUUAGCAAUGUCUCUCAAGCUGUUUCUGGCAGGGAUAUCAAAGAAUUCUUUUCAUUUUCUGGAGAUAUACAAUAUGUUGAAAUGCGAAGAGAAACUGAAAACACCCAGCUUGCCUAUGUUACCUUCAAGGAUUCACAAGGAGCAGAUACAGCAGUUCUCCUCUCAGGAGCCACCGUAGCUGAUCUUUCUGUCACCAUUACGCCAGUUGAUGAUUAUAAGCUGCCGCCUGAAGCCGUCCCACUCCCAUCAAGCCCGGAGAAAAAACCUGCUGUGGCUAUUUCUGCUGUAAGGAAGGCAGAAGCUGUGGCCAGCGCUAUGCUUGCCAAGGGUUACAUCUUAGGAAAGGAUGCCAUUAACAAGGCAAAAGCCUUUGAUGAGAGGCAUCAACUAAUGUCAAAUGCCUCUGCCACAGUUGUUACAAUUGACCAGAAGAUGGGUCUGAUGGAGAAGCUAAGGGCUGGAACAGCUGUUGUCAAUGAAAAGGUGAGGGAGAUGGAUCAAAGGUUCAUGGUCUCGGAAAAGACCAAAUCUGCCUUUGCUGUUGCUGAGCAGAAGGCAAGCAGUGCAGGGUCAGCUCUCAUGAGCAACCCUUACAUAUUGACCGGAGCUUCGUGGGUUUCAAAUGCACUCAGCGCAGUUUCAAAGGUAGCUGAGGAUGUGGGCAUGAUGACCAAGGAGAAGGUGGACAGGGCCGAGGAGGAGAAAAAGGAGAUCGAACACCGGCAGAGGACAGAGGUCAUCACCGACUUUGCCCAGACCCAUCUUGAUGAGUCUUCUGGUAGGGUUCCUCCUGCAGUUUCAGCCAGUUAUCCCGAUGACACGAAGCUGGGAGUUAAAUGAUCGGUCUGGAAAAAAUGGAUGAAUUAUUGUUCUGUUUGCUGCAUCAUAUGGUUUUGUACAAGGAGUCUGUUGCAUACAAGAAUUGUACACUACAUAGCCUGUUGUAAAGUCAUGCUUAUGGUUCGAGGUGAGAGUUAAGUUAAUUGUUUACAAAACUGUAUAGCAACUAGAUGAAAUGCAGGUGUUCAUUUAUUUUC